AUGUCUAACUACUUCAUCAACAACGCUGGUGCCAACGAGAAAGUCAUCACAUUCGAAGCAUGGUUAGUAUGGCAGAAAUUGAACAAUACAGACUUAGAUAACAGAGCUGCAAAGCAAGGGUAUAUCGGUGAGGUAGAUGCAGCUAUGGACCAGCGGAAAAGUCUGAAAAAUACACUCUCCCAACAUAGGCAGAAAGCUAGCAACUUGAAUGCUAUAAUGGAGCAGUCAUAUCAGGAAACCGCUGAGAGAGCUGCUUCAGCAGCAUAA